UAUUUUGUUGCGAGAUUGCUGUGUCAGAUGGUGGGGCAGGCAAAGAAGCUUAGCUUACAGGGUUUAGCUGCGCGGACUGCAGGCCUCCGCGUGCAUGCAGGGGGGAGAGCAAGCCCAUGGCUCAGCCUUGACACCGCAGGGACCAGGGACCAGGCGGGCGGUUAGGAUGGGGAGGCUGGAACUUCAGGCGCGGUUACUGCUCAGGCACCGCUGUUUCUGCCCCUGCAAACGGUGUGUCGCUGGGUGAGGCGAGUCUCACUGGAAAUCUGAGUGUGUUCCCGCGCCACCCGGGACCCAGGGAAGCUUUGGAGGGACCCGCGUGUCCCAUUGCUGGGACAGCCCUGCAGGAAGCGCAGACUCUGGCCAGAGUCUGAUUCAGGAAGCAGGCCAGUGCUGCCGGCCAGGCUGGUCCUGGAGGCCAAGGUGGUUCUAGAAGUUGUUCGUGGGAGAUUCUGCAAGCGGAUUGCCGGGUCGGGUUCCGGGGAGGGCUUCGAGGGAAGGUUCUGGAAGCGACUUCUGCCGGCGUGACAGCGGACCGUGCAGACGACCCUGGCUGGGGUCAGGGCCGAGCCCGCGUCUGCGAGCAAAGACAGCAGGCAUUGAUGAAGGACUGGCACCAGCGCUCGCUCAACACACGCGUUAAAAACCCCAUUGCGAACAUUUCUUCGGACAAGCUCCUCAGAGCGCCCUGUUGCCUUGGGGGCGGAACCCAACGGCGCGGGGCAAGCUCCUGGAGUCGUUUCAGGGAGCCGACCACGCAGGCGCCUGGAAGGUCGGGCUGGCUGCGUUUGGGAGUUGCUUUUUUCCUUUUUCCCCAACUUUUCCGCAUGCUGAGCGGACGCCGGGGCGCACGCGCAGUCCGCACCCCGCCCGGCCGCGCGGCUUCGGUCAGGGCGGUUGCCAAGGGCGACCGCAUUCCCCAGAGACUCCGUGGUCGGGUGGACGGGGCCCGGCCUACCCUAGCCCGCCUUCCUCGCGCUCUGGUUGGUUCUGACUGCUGUUCGUUGGAGCGUCGCGGCCGCCGAUUGGGCAAAGACAAGUUUCGCACGCUCGGCUCGGCCCCACGCCCCUUUAGCCGGCCCGCGCCCGCCACCCGGGAGGAGAGAACAGCGGGGGACCGGGCGCAGCGUCUGGGAGGGACCUGCGCCGGCCUCGGCUUCCAGGCGGGCACGGCCCGAGCGGCGGGCGGCGAUGAUCCCCGAGGAGAGGCUGGACGGCCCGGGCGCCGGCGAGGAGAGCGCGAGGCUGCAGGAGGCAGGCAGCGUUCGCAAGGGCUCUGAGCCCCUGGCCCAGACACCGCUUGGCCGCCCGCAGAGCCGCAGGGCCCGGGUCCACCAGCAGAUCACGAAGGAGCUGCGCAUGCGAUCAGGGGCCGAGAACCUCUACAGAGCCAGCAGCAACGCCUGGGUCAGGGAGGCAGUGGCCCUGGAGCUGAGCUGCGUCAACUCCAGCCUGCAGUUGCUCAAGGAGGAGCUGGAGGAGCUCAAUGGCAGCAGCGUGGAGGCUGACCAGCCCGAGAGUGAAGGUAUCACUGUUCCUAUGAUCCCCCUGGGGCUGAAGGAGACCAAGGAGCUGGACUGGUCCACACCCCUGAAGGAGCUGAUCUCUGGGCACUUUGGAGAGGACAGUGCCUCCUAUGAGGCCGAAAUCAGGGAGCUGGAAGACCUGAGGCAGGCCAUUCGGACCCCCAGCCGGAGCGAGGCGGGCCUGCAGCUGCUCAUGGCCUACUACAACCAACUGUGCUUCCUGGACGCGCGCUUUGUCGCCCCUCCCGGGAACCUCGGGCCGCUUUUCCACUGGUAUGACUCGCUCACGGGGGUCCCGGCCCAGCAGCGGGCCCUGGCCUUCGAGAAGGGCAGUGUGCUUUUCAACAUCGGGGCCCUCCACACCCAGAUCGGGGCUCGCCAGGACCGCUCCUGCCCCGAGGGCACCAGGCGCGCCAUCGAGGCCUUUGAGAGGGCUGCUGGGGCCUUCAGCCUCCUGAGGGAGAACUUCUCCCGAGCACCCAGCCCUGACAUGAGCCCGGCCUCGCUCUCCAUGCUGGAGCAGCUCAUGACAGCCCAGGCCCAAGAGUGCAUCUUUGAGGGUCUCUUGCUGCCGUCCCCUGAAGCCCCCCGGGAUUGCCUGGCCCAGCUGCACCUGGCUCAGGAGGCUGCCCAGGUGGCAGCCCAAUACAGGCGGGUGCACCGGACCGUGAGCCAGCCCGCUGUCCGAGACUACGUGCCCUUCCCCUGGACCACCCUGGUGCGCGUCAAGGCAGAGUACUUCUGUGCCCUGGCCCACUACCAUGCGGCCGUGGCCCUCUGUGACAGCCCCGCCACGGCCGAGGCAGACUCCCCAGCGUUGCAGCAGGCCUUCCUUGGGCUCGCGGCCACGUCGGAGCCCUGGGGCGCUGUGCUGCCUCAGGGGCCGGAGGAGCGCAGGAAGCUGGGCAAGGCCCACCUGAGGCGCAGCGUCCUGGGCCAGGAAGAGGCGCUGCGGCUGCACGCGGUGGGCCGCGCCCUGCGCAGGGUCGAUCUGCUGCAGGCUGUGCUGGCCCAGGCGCUGCAGCGCUCGCUGGCCAAGUACUCCGAGCUCGACCGCGAGGAUGACUUCCUGGAGACCGCAGAGGCUCCUGACAUCCAGCCUAAAACGCAGCAGAAGCCAGAGAUCAGGGUGCCCAGCUUCUCCACGGUGAAGGUGACCGAUAUCUUCCACCGGCUGGGCCCCCUGUCUGUGUUUUCAGUCAAGAACUGCUGGCGGCUGGUGGGGCCUGUCCACGUGACCCGCGGAGAGGCUGGCUUCGGCCUCACGCUGCGCGGAGACGCGCCUGUCCUCAUCGCUGCUGUCAUCCCCGGCGGCCCAGCCGCGGCGGCCGGCCUGCGGGAGGGCGACUACAUCGUGUCUCUGAACGGGCAGCCGUGCAAGUGGUGGAGGCACGCGGAGGUGGUGGCGCAGCUGAAGGGUGUGGGCGACGAGGGCGCGAGCCUGCAGGUGGUCACCCUGCUGCCCAGGGCGGAGCCCCCCAGCACGGCACAGCACCGGCCAGCCCUGGGGGUGCUUCUGAGGAACCAGAAGGAGUGUGGGUGGGAGACGCCAGCUGCUGCUCGAGUCAGCCCCAGGCCCUUCCUUGGCUGGAGUCGAAAGGCCAAGAGAGGGAAGACCAGAGGGAGGCUGUCCCCACACCCCUGAGCUGUGUGCCCCCUCCCCCUGUGGGUGCCCAGUGCCCCCACACGCCCCGUAUGCCCUCCUCAUCCUGAGGGGCUUUCAGGCCAGUUCACUGCCCCACCCAGUGCCCGAAGCUGCCCAUUAAAGACCAUGUCACAUG